AUGAAUAAUGUAUCUGAGGCGUUUAAUAGCACUAUCUUAGUUGUAAGGGAUAAAUCAAUAUUGAUUAUGUGUGAAUGGAUAAGAAACUAUCUCAUGAAUAGGAAUGAAAGCUUAAGAGAAAAGGUUGAUAGAUGGAAUCAUAGGAUAAUGCCUAGGCCUAGACUCAGGCUGGAUAUGAAAGUGGAACAUGCAGGGAAUUGGAUUCCUAACUGGUCUGGUGAUGCAUUAUGGCAAGUGGAACAUAUACAUACCAAGAAUAGUUUUAUUGGGGAUGUUGCAGAGAAAACUUGCACACGUAAUUUUUGGGAACUUGUAGUCAUUCAUUGUAGACGUGUAGUAGCUGCAUUAGGUUUUAAGAACCAAUGCCCAGAAGAUUAUGUUGAUGAUUGUUAUUCGAAAGAAACCUAUGAGAAAUGA